AUGCAGUCUCUGCAACAGCCCCUGCGGCGGACCAUCCUCCACAACGCAUCCCUCACCUCCCGCACCGCCCGCGCCGCCUACUCCUCCUCUCUCCUCCAAGCACCCGCCGGCUACGCCUCCACCGCCGAGAACUUGCGCAUCAAUGGCGACACCAAGGUGAUAUUUCAAGGCUUCACGGGCCGGCAAGGUACCUUCCACGCCCAGCAAGCAAUCGAGUACGGCACCAAUGUCGUCGGCGGCACCAACCCCAAGAAAGCGGGCGAGAAGCACCUGGGCAAGCCGGUCUUUGCCAAUGUUGGAGAGGCCGUGAAGGCCACCGGCGCCACCGCCAGUGCCAUCUUCAUGCCUCCUCCAGUCGCUGCUGCGGGCAUUGAGGAAGCGAUAAAAGCCGAGAUUGGCCUGGUUGUGUGCAUCACCGAAGGCAUCCCGCAACACGACAUGGUCAGGAUUACAGACAUGCUCAAGACCCAGGACAAGACGAGACUGGUCGGGCCGAACUGUCCGGGCAUCAUUGCUCCGGAACAAUGCAAGAUUGGCAUCAUGCCUGGCUUCAUUCACAAGCGCGGCCGCAUCGGCAUCGUCUCCCGCUCCGGAACUCUGACCUACGAAGCUGUCAACCAAACAACUCAAGCUGGACUUGGCCAAUCGCUCGUGGUUGGCAUUGGUGGUGAUCCGUUCAGCGGUACGAAUUUCAUCGACUGCCUGCGUGUUUUCCUCAACGACCAGGAGACCGAUGGAAUCAUCAUGAUCGGUGAAAUUGGAGGCAGCGCGGAAGAAGACGCUGCAGAGUUCCUGAAGGAAGCCAACACAGCCAACAAGCCCGUUGUUUCCUUCAUUGCGGGCAUCUCGGCCCCACCGGGCCGCAGGAUGGGCCACGCGGGUGCAAUCGUAUCGGGGGGCAAGGGCGGUGCGGACAGCAAGAUUAGCGCGCUAGAGGCUGCUGGCGUGAUUGUGGAGAAGAGUCCGGCGAAGCUGGGAGCCACGUUGAGAGAGGAGUUUGUGAAGAGGGACCUAUUGUGA